AUGAAUAAUAUACAUAUAUAUAUGUACGUAUUGUUUCAGAGUGAUAGUAUCUAUUCACAAAAUAUUGUUAAACGAUCAUCGAAUCGUCUUAAUUUGAAAAUCAUACCAGUUUAUGAUAGAAAGGUUGAAACGAGUAAAGUGUUUUCAAAAAUCAAAGCAUGUCACGCCCGAAAAUAUGGUGAGACUGAAGAGAUUUUUACUGAAGGAGAAGGAAUAGCUCCAAAUGAAUUUGUAUUACUUGUGAGUUGGAAUUAUGUGGCGUGUGGCGCUAGUGUACUUGCUUGGGCUUCAUACUGUAGUCAUGAUCCAGAUACUUCGAGGCCUAAUUUAGGUAUAGUGAAUUACUGUUUAAUGGAGGAUGCUAUUCUCGGAGCAAAUGAAAAAAAGCUAGAAGAUGUUACAAAACAUGAAAUAUGUCAUGCAUUGGAUGAUCUGAUGACACCUAGCACAUUGGCUACACAGUCUGUUUCCAGAAUAAUUCUGGCUUAUUUCAAAGACACAAACUUUUAUGAUGUCGACUAUACUAUGGCCACUGAAUUCAAUUGGGGAAAAGGUUUAGGUUGUGAUUUUGUAAUGAAAAGCUGUUAUGAAUUUAUUAAAAAUAGAAAAAGAAGAGGACAAGACAUCCAGCCGUUUUGUGAUAAACCUAAUGAAAUGAAAUGUUUGCGUUCUCAAAAUGCACAAGCAUAUUGUACGCUGUAUAAACGUGAAGGUGAGAUAAAUCCUGAAUUCCAGUAUAUGGAUAACUCAUUCAAUGUAUCGGUAUACGAAAGAAAAUAUUAUGGGGUUUGGACAGAUAUGACUAUUGCCCAGUACUUGAUGUAA